AUGUCGGCCAGGCCCCUCUUGACCUUAUCGCUUCCCCCAGCCACACUGUCCGCGCUCGCAGCAGCGGGGUACGAACUCAUCAGCGAGCUCGCGGGGGCAACCCCAGAACAGCUUGCGAGAGAGCUCAACCUUGAUCUUCCGGCCUCACAGGCCCUGCUCUCCGCCGCCCGUCCCGCGCCGACCGGCGCCCCGGCCACCCAAUCCGCGGCCGCGCUCAUCCGCCUCGGAGCCUCGGCUGGAGCGCAGCCGUUCCCGACGUCGUGCGGCCCCCUCGACGACCUCCUCCAAGGUGGCCUCCGACGCGGCACCGUGCUGGAGCUCAGCGGCCCGCCCGGGUGCGGCGCGGCGCAGGUCGUCGCACGAGUGCCCCGCGCGUUCGUCGACGCGGGCGAAGGCGUCCUUUUCGUCGACAUGCAAGGGAUGACGCCGCCUGCCGUCCUCGCGCGGGCCAUCGACGCGGGCGCAGGAGCGGCUUCGGACUCGGAGAUGGGUGCUCCCACGGCGCAGGCGCGACGGGAUCUGGUGCAAUACCUCGCGCUGCGCUCGCCCCUCGAACUUGUCGUCUUCCUGCGAAACCUCCCAGCGUAUCUCGCCGCGCGCCCUUCCAUAUCGCUGCUUGUGCUCAACUCUCUCUCGUUCCCGCUUCAAGGCCUGACCAACAAGGACCGGGACGGGCUGCUGGACACGGUCAAGCAGACACUCGCCCGCGCCCGUGCGUCGAUGAGUCUCUGUACCGUAAUCACGAGCCACCUGCUCUCCAGGCCCGCGGGCGACCCGGCGGACCCCGGCGCCCCCGCCGACGCCGCCGGCCGCUGGGUGAUGGCCCCGGCCUUCGCCAGCCACCGCUUCACGCAGGGCCACACGCACCGGGUCCUGAUCGUGCCCCAGACGAAGGAUUCGGGCGUCAUGCGUCUCCUCGACCCGCGCCAGCCGCGCGAAGCCCGCUUCCGCAGGGUCGCAGGCAGGAUUGAACGUGGGCGUGACCGCGCGGCGCACCACGGCUCGCACGCCGGAACACAGGCGUCCCAGCCACAUCCUUGA